CUCCCUUAACGCUCAGUCGGUGGCGCUUUGCCUUUUUUUUUACCGACUGUUCCGAUUCAACAUGGAAUGAACUCGGAGCGGCGAUGGGGCUCGCGCGGGGCCCGUCCUCAUCGAGAGCAGCCCGCGACCGCAGCCGCGCCGCCGCCGCUCAUCGCAGCCCGAAGACUCCGACGUCCGCGAGAGCAUCGGGCCGGACCGCACGACGUCUCGCGCUUGUUAACGUGCAAGACGGAAACACAUACAAACCAGAAGAGGGGGUGUUUUUUUUUUUUUUCGUUUGCUUGUUUGUUUGAAAGCCGCUGCUCUACUCUGUCGCUAAGGAUGAAGAAUGGAAAAAACUAGAAAACGCGGAUAGAGAGAGAGAGAGAGAGAGAGACACACACCAUAUCGGUGGGAGACAAAAUGGAGCCUGGACGCUGUUGGUGCGCGCGCGCUCUGGGAUCUUAUUACCACCACCAUCAUUAUUACUAUAAUAAUAAUUAUUAUUACUGUAGGUGAAACGACGGAGAUAAAAUGACCGAGGAAUCGCAGCCAGAUGAUGACGACUACCUGGUGCGUGUGAAGGCCGUGGUGAUGACGCGGGAUGACUCGAGUGGCGGUUGGCUGGCUCAGGAAGGGGGCGGGCUCAGCCGGGUGGGUGUGUGUAAAGUGGCUCCAAGCGAUCUGGACCUCUUCGAACGUAACGGGUUCCUCAUCUACGGAGAGAGACUUCGAGACAAACAGGUGAUCCUCAAGUGCUUCCUGAAGAAGGACCUGAUCUACACUAAAGCGACUCCCACGUUCCAUCACUGGCGAGUGGAGAACAAGAAGUGCGGCCUGACGUUUCAGAGUCCGGCGGACGCUCGUGCCUUCGACCGCGGUGUCAGGAAGGCCAUCGAAGACCUGACCGAUGGUUCCACUACGUCCUCGUCUACGCUGCAGAACGAGACUGAGCUGGGGGACGACGAUGUCUUCACGACUGCCACAGACAGCUCGUCUAACUCGUCUCAGAAGAGAGAGCCGUCGUUGCAGACGCUCGCACCGAUCAACUUCUGCGAAUCGCGUCACCACCAGUGCAUUCUGGGACAUCUCUAUACCCAGCACAGGCAAACCGACAAUUACUUCCUGGACCAGGCGGUGCCGAUGUUCCCCCACGUCCCCAUGAACUUCCCCGAGGAAGAGGAAGAGCUCGUGCGCAUAAACCCGCGGGAGCGCGCCUGGCUUACAGGAUACGAGGACUACCGUCACGCCACCACGGCCGCCCAAAAACUCCUGCGCCCAGAACCCACGGACGCGUACGUUUCCUUCGCCAAGAGCGAAGUGCUUAAACAUGACUACACGUACCCGUACCCACACCGGCUCUCUGGGGACGACGCUAAAUCGGGGAUCAGUGGUGGCGUGGUGGCGUGCCAGCCGCGGGCGCCGUGGCGCACCGAGGACGACCAGGUGCGCUGCGCGUACUGCCGAGACGUGUUCAACCCCGCGCAGAACCGGCGGGGGCAGUGCAAGGAAGCGCCCGACCCAGUGGUGGCGUUCAUAAGGCGCGUGAGCUUCAUGUGGUGCGCCGACAGCCUGCUGUACCACUGCAUGGCCGACGCCGAGGGCGAGUACUCCGAGCCGUGCUCGUGUGACCCCAGUGACGGGCGACUCGUCCUGCGCUGGCUUGCGCUGCUCGGCCUGUCGCUAAUCGCCCCCUGCAUGUGCUGCUACGCACCACUGCGUGCCUGCCAUCGAUGUGCCGUCGCCUGUCACUGCUGCGGCGCCAGACACAAAGCCGCCGGCUGACACGGUCAGUCUCAGUCAACGACUUUUUUCCCCACCGGCUGAUUUCUCUGGACACCUCCUGAUGUGUUUAUCAGGGAUUGUUGGUGCCAUUAAGCUUCUAUGCCAUGAACAGGAAAUACAUUUAUAGUCGUUUAUAUAUGAUAAAGUGUAUAUAUACACCGGGCUAUACAGAAAUCUAUAUAGAUCAAUAUAAAUAUGUAUAUAAAUAUAUAAAUUCAGGUACUUUUAUGUUUUUACAAUAUUCUGGAUUAUGUUUGUUUUUUUUAUGUUUAACGUUUUGUCUGUUGCCGUGGCCUGCCAGAGGUGGAGCUCUAACUCAUAUUCUCACAUGAACGUCCGUCCUGUCCAUAUGGACAAUCCUGUGUGUGUGUGUGUGUGUGUGUGUGUGUGUGUGUGUGUGAGUGUGUGUGAUGAAAUGGAGACAUAAAAAUUGUGGAAUUAAUUUUUUCUUUUUUGCUAAAGCCAAAUCGGUAUAAGCUGCCGAGUUUGUGUGAGCCGGCACUGAAAUUCAACUGUGAUAUAAACCUGUGUGCGUGUUAGAGAGAGAAACUUCUGGAACGAUCUGGAUUUCUAUAUGAAUGGGUCCUUCAAGUGUCAUGAGAAUAAUAACUAAAGACAAUCUUAUUUAACAAACGCUUUACACUUCUUUUUGUCGAGUGACGGUUUAAACAGGUAAUGUCGCGGAUGGGAAAAGUAUCUGGAUCAUUUAUCUAUUUUUCUAUCUCUAUAUCUCCAU